GGGUUAUCACAUUCAAGGCAAAAGUGUCCGCCAUAAAAACCAUUUCCCGACAGCGCCACUUUCAGCAGAGCCGCUUUCUACACCGCCUAUCAGUGCACACUGGCAGAGAAGGAGCCCUCCCGAAAAGAGAGAGGUCUCCUCUGUCCGACAUCACUGCAAGAUUGGCUCGCCUAAGACUUUCAAGCUGCAUCCCUUACCCAUCGAGCCGUCCGUGCUUCUGGAUGUUGAGGAGACGCAGGAGCUGUGGGCAUUGUGUUGGUGCUGCGUGGUGCCCGUGCACCCUGGCUGGGACGAGCCCGCGGCCCUGGACCCCCACGGUGGGACGGGGCACGGGCAAAGCGCCAUGGUAACUCACAGCAGGCACGAAGGCGCCAUGAGCAGCAACCCCUUCCAAGGCAGCGUACGCCUGCCCGCCCACCGCUACAAGACCUUCAGCUCACGGGCACAGUAUCAGAUGGUUGUAGCAGCCGUGCACAAGUUACAGGAGAGCGGCUUCUAUUGGAGUGCAGUAAGUGGGAAGGAGGCCAGCGCCCUGCUAAGUGCGGAGCCACCAGGCACGUUCCUAGUGCGCGACAGCUCAGACAACCGACACUUCUUCACCCUGAGCGUAAAGACAUCCACGGGCACUAAAAACCUGCGCAUUCAGUGUGACGCCUGCUCCUUCUUCUUGCAGACUGAUCCACGUAGUGCGCAAACCGUACCACGUUUUGAUUGUGUAUUGAAACUCAUACAUCAUUACAUGCCCUCCACCAGAGGAGCAAGCACUGCAUCUGGAGCAGGAGUGGACGGUGAUGGUGGCAGUGCUGGGGCAGAUGGGAGUACAUACUUUAUCUACUCUGGAGGAGAAAAGAUCCCUCUGGAGUUGCUGCGUCCUUUGGCAUCAAGUAUGUCCACACUGCAGCAUCUCUGCCGCAAGACACUCAAUGGCCACAUAGAAGUGUCUGCUAAACGAGAUCAGCUGCCUCAGUCACUCCAAGAGUUCCUCCAGCAGUAUGAUGCACCCAUCUAACAACCACCACGUAGGUCUGGAGAACAAAGGCUAAACCUGAACUCUAUGGGCAAUGGUGACCAGCAAAAGCCCACAGAAAGAUGGAAAGCUGGCAAUGUUAGGAAGCUCUGGAGUCCAACGAGGCAUGAGCGGACUGCUCAGAGAAGCGCUUAGCAUCUAUCAGUAUUGCAGGCCAGCUUGGGCUUACUGUGCCUUCGACCUCUUUAGAGUGAACGCUGGCAGGAGGUUGCUGUGUGAUGGACAGCACAAAUAUACAUUUACAUGCAGUGGGAUGAACUGUUGAACUGACAGCUGAGCAGUCAGACAGAAGAAAAGUUAGUCCAAACAGGCACUGUGUUUUCAUUCAUGGGUCUGCUCAAAAAACCCUUUUGAAAAUUAACACAAUGAUAGAUGGUAGAGGGUACAAGGGUUAAAGUGUGCUGCCUUGGCUAAGCAUAGCAAUAGCAGCCUUUUGCCAUAUGAAAAAAAAAAAGCUCUUUCUCACCAUGUCACCCCUACUUGGCACACUGACUCUGCUCACAAGAGUUCUGGAUGCCUGUGUUUGAGUUAGCCCACAUUUGACUAUGUGAAAUGACAUACACAUUUCCACUGCACUUUGCCAAUCAUACAUGGGUGUGAGGAGGCAAAUGGGUGGCAGUUCACUACUGGCACUGCUAUGUCAACAUUGUUGACUACAUGGCAUCAUAAAACAAAUUCCUCAAAAUGCAUUAAUACAAAUUAUUAAAAUAGACAAGAGAGGCCUGUUAAUACAGGUACUUUCAGCUUUUGGUAAAGCUUCUUUGAAUGAAAACUCAAUGGACUGUUGUUACAUUAUUUUAAACAGAAAGUGGUUUCGUUUGGCUGGUAUUAGAAUUAAAAUACAACACAAGCUUCCGAACAAAGCCAAGCACAGUAUGCAAGAUCCUUAUUUACCGAUCAUGAAGUACUGUGUUCCUGUAAAACCAGAGGCAUUUCUUCUGUAUGUGCUGUAAGUUAUCAGUCAUGCCUCAUAUCCCUCAUUCAAUAAUAAUGUUUUUUUUCAGCAGACACGCUGUCUACAGUUAAAUGAAUGUAUCGUGAGUCAAUAGAAGGGCUUAUGGUUUCACAGAAGUUUUUGUUGUGUGUUUUUUUUUGUAUUUUGUCAAAUAGAGACAAUGUUUACAUGUGUCACAACAAGAAGACAACAUGUUUUUGUACUCUUGUCUUUUAUAAAGAUUUGGCAUUUAAGGUCUAGUCUAAUGACCCACAGUGCAAGCUUGACAUUCUGAAAACAAAGGCAUUACAAUAGAAAAUGCAGCAAGGAACUUUGCACAUAUUUAUAUUUCUAAAAUAUUUCAAUAAUUUAUAUUAAAGAAUACUAUUUUUACAUAA